UGAGCGCUCAUUGCCAACUCCUCUCUCCCGUCAGCUGAGCUGUCGCUUUCCCAUGUGACUCCCUCCCCCGGCAGCAGGAGGCCAUGGCGUCUCAAGGUCGGCUGUCUCUCUGCAUAGUUCUCUGCUUGUCCUGCUCUUUUGGGGCUGGGCAACGUUACUUUAACCCUGAUCUACCAUGUCACAAACCGCUAGCCGGGAAAAUCCGGAGCGUCAAGACUUAUCCUCGACCUCAUGAGUAUCUGAACACCUUCAAUUUGCCAAAGGUUUGGGAUUGGAGAAACGUGAAUAACAGAAGUUACAUCAGUAUAACCCGCAACCAGCAUAUUCCUCAAUACUGUGGCUCAUGCUGGGCUAUGGCAGCAACUAGUGCUCUUGCAGAUCGUAUCAACAUCAAGAGGAAAGGUGCGUGGCCGUCUGCGUACUUAUCUGUCCAGAAUGUUAUAGACUGUGGAAAUGCUGGUUCUUGCUUUGGCGGAGACCAUUUGGCAGUUUGGAGUUAUGCUCAUGAUAAUGGAAUACCAGAUGAAACCUGUAACAACUACCAGGCUAAAGACCAAGAGUGUAAACCGUUUAAUCAGUGCGGCACAUGUACCACUUUUGGUGUCUGCAAUGUGAUCAAAAAUUACACCCUGUGGAAAGUUGGAGAUUAUGGUAAAAUUAGCGGACGUGAGCAGAUGAUGGCAGAAAUCUACACCAAUGGGCCUAUCAGCUGUGGUAUCAUGGCAACGAAGAAACUGGAUGCCUACCGUGGAGGAGUGUUUGCAGAAUACAAGCCACUGGCCAUCACAAAUCACAUUGUGUCAGUAGCAGGCUGGGGUGAGGAUGAUGAUGAAACAGAGUACUGGAUAGUACGGAACUCCUGGGGUGAACCAUGGGGAGAGUCCGGGUGGCUGCGGAUUGUCACUAGUCUCUAUAAAGAUGGGAAGGGCGAUCAUUACAACCUUGGCAUCGAACAGCUGUGUGGCUAUGGAGAUCCUGUACUACAAUGAAGAGCUGCUUUUGCAAUGACAAAUGAACUUGGAGUGGACUAGCCAUAUUUUAUCUGUAUGAACUUGCAAGUUACUGUUAAUACAACCCUGUAUAAAGCUGCAGAGUAUGACAAAUCAGAUAAAUAUCGUAUAAAUGCAACAUAUAGCAGAUUGGGACUGAAACUCUACAAUUUUGUUUGAACCUUUUCAAAAAAGAUUGAGACACUGUCCCCUCCGCACUUUCUCUAGUGUCUUGCUGUGUUAUAAUUCCGCUGUCACAUGUGGCAUCUGAAUCAUUGCUUGAUAUUGGCGUUUUGGAAUCAGAGACCUACAGCCCUAUCCUAUUCACAUCCUACAUAUACCUCCCAGCAAUAGUCACGCAGUUCUGCCCCAACUUGCUGUCCAAUGUUAAGGAACACUGUUAAGUAAUCUUUGCAAAAUCUUGGAAACAUUAUGGAAUCAUCGUAUAAUACAGUGGGUUCAGCUGGUCCAUCAUACCUAUACCAGCUCUUUGAGAGAGCCAUCAAUUUACCCCACUCCCCUGUUCUGCUCAGAUACUUAUCCAACACCCUUCUGAAAAUUAUUAUUGUAUCUUCGUUUAUCACUCCUUCAGAGUGCAUUCCAGAUCAUAACAGGAAAAAGUCUCUCAAUGUUGUUUCUUGUUCUAUCUCAGAAUCCGUGUCCUCUGGGUAACUGAUCAUUUUGCCAUUGUGUCAGUUUCUUUUUGUUCACCCCAUCAAAACUCAUGAUUUACAACUUCUCUAUUAAAAUCACCCCUGAACUUCCUCUGCUGUAUGCAGACCAACAUGUAACCGAGGCAAAAACACACACGCAUGCACACACACAGUAACAGGACCCCCAGUCCACACAGAGGUACAGGAAACCAUUUUACAAGUUAAUUGACUCCAACAAUGUGAAAUUUAACGUCUUGAUGCUACAAGUAUUGCAGGCUUUAAUUUUUUAAACUUCAAACUCUUUCACAGAAAUGAUUACAGCACUGGCUCUCUGAAUGAGCAAUAUAUGUGAUGCAAUGUCCUAAGUUUCUCCCUGAAUCACUGCACAUUCUCCCUGCAUUCCCUCUUGAAUGCUUCAAUUGAAUCAACCUUUCAUAUUAAUUAUGUUGGUCAACUGGUUUCCAUAGAAGCUGUACAUAUGAAAAAAAAGAAAUGAUACAGCAAUUUAAAACUAUUUAUUAAUGAACAGUUAUUUUAUUUCUAUGCCAAAAUUCCACUCAGUAAAAUGAAUAAAACCCCGAAAUAAAGAUUUAAAAAUAGGAUUUUUUUAA